CACUUUGUAUAUUUGUAACCGCUCUGUGGGUGGGAGCAAAAGUGCAAUAAAAGGACUAACCUGAGAGUGAUUGAUUACAGUCAACACAUCGCUGUAUACAAUUGGUUAUCUACCAUUUGAAUCAUGCUGGCACGGGUUGUUCUGGUGCUCUGUUUGGCAGCUUUGGCAAGAGGAGCUGUUAUCCCUGGUGGCUCUAAAGAGCCAAACUGCUCUGAGUACUUCUUGCCCGUCUGUACCCGGGAAUAUAACCCUGUGUGUGGUACUGAUGGAGUCACAUACUCCAACGAAUGCAUGCUGUGUUUGUUAAAUAUGGAGGAGAAAGUCAACAUAUUAAUCUCCAAGAAGGGCAAAUGCUGAGACAAAUCCACUCAUUUAUGUUCUGUAUAUGUGACAUGAACCUGGAACCACAUGCUGUUUUUUACUGGUUUUUGUCUUAAGAUAAAGUGUGUGUUGUGUGCCCUUUUAAAAACAUUCUAAUCCUUUAAUAAAACCUUGAUAUAGAAGUCA